AUGGUUUACGAAUCAUCAUAUGACAGUGGUCGCAGACCGCACAAGCCCGAUCUGACGCGCGGCUAUUGGGCGGCGCCAAGUGAUUUCAUUUAUACCUGUAUUAGUUUGGGCUUCCGCAUGGAUGUGAUAUCAAUGGGCUGGUUUCUCUAUCAGCACAUGGGCGGUGCUUUACUUUCAUAUGUUAUCUGUUUAUUUCUCUUCGUGGUGCCCAUCAUUGUAAUCCAGUCAUUUGUUGGUCAAUUCUCCAGCAGUGGUUUCAUAUCGGUAUUCCGCAUAUCUCCAAUUUUCAAGGGUUUGGGCUACAUAAGCUUGGGCGUCAAUUUGGCUGUGCUCACUUAUUACAGCAUGUUCGCGGCCGUGCCUUUUCUCUAUCUGUUCCAUUCGAUGCGGCCGACGUUGCCCUGGAGUUGCGAGGGCAUGGAAAAUUGGUUUAUCAACCGCACCGAUGUGGAAGUUGAGCAUUCCUGCAAGCUAAAGGAUAUGGUGGAAAUAAAUGCCAGCAUAGCGAACAGCAACGAUACAUAUAAAUAUAUUGGUUACGAAGUGCCAUCUGUGCUUUUCUUUAAUUCAAUAUUCGGUGGCGAUGAUCUGAUGGCUAACUAUGAGUAUGAUAGUCCUUUUAUGUUUUCGUGGGAGCUCUUGCUUUGUACACUGCUCACCUGGGGCAUUGUAGCUGGUGUCUUUUAUCGCUUCUACAAUACAGAGUUGAUGAGUAAAUUCUUGCGUUACACCAUUUGGACAUCACUGAUUUUGCUGCUCACUUGUGUCAUACGCUUUAUGCUAUUAUCACUCGAUUUCAAAUACGUAUUUAGCUUUUUUAUAGCAAAACCAAGCGAUAUUGGCGAAGGCAUACCGAAUGCGAUCGUGUUUAUUGUAUCAGCAUUUGGUCCUGGCUGGGGUGCGAUUGUGGCUUUGGCCAGCUUUAAUCGUUUCAAAACAAAUAUCAUGAGCUACAGUUGGAUCAUUUGUAUUGGACAAAUGGCUAUUUUUAUGGCUUAUGGCAUUCUCACGCAUAUCAUACAGGGUUACUUUAAAUCUAUUAUUGAUCACUAUGAUGAUGUCGAUAAUUUAUAUGUGUAUGUGAACCACCACUGGGCAUUGUAUUUGUCCAGCGGCAGUGUAUUGGCCACCAUGAGCUGGCCUAAUCUUUGGUCAAUCAUCUUCUUCUCAAUGCUUGCAAUGAUGGCGUUGAUUACAAUGAUUACUUCCUUAUUUUCUGUCUUCCAAAGCAUAUUUGAUGAAUUUGAAUUGUUGCGUUCGCGGAGAAGUGAAAUUACUUUUGGUAUCAUUGGCGUUUUAGCGAUUAUAUCACUCUAUACCUCUUCUAAUCAUGGCGUAGUUUUCUUCAGUGCCAUGUCAACGGAUUCCCUAUUCACACAAACAUCACUAAAUCUCCUAUUGCUCUUAGUAGUUCUGUGGGUAUAUGGACGUGUGCGCUUUCAGCGUGAUAUUGAAUUUAUGUUAAGCCAACGAUUUGCCACAUGGAAAGUGAAUAUGUUGCGGUUUGUGGCACCAAUAUGUCUAUGCAUUUUGCUGUUAAUUUCAGUAGUUGCUGCUUUCUUCGAACACAGUGUCGCCUCAAUCGUUAUUCAUAUUACUGCGGUCUUACUCAUUAUCCUACCUUGGCUCUACUUGCCCGGUUACAUGAUCUACGUGCUCUUACAGACAUCGGGCUCAUUUAAGAUGCGUUUUCGACGUUCCUGUCGUCCAAUGGAUUGGUAUCCGGUGGAAUUGGAAGAGCGACAGCGUUAUGAAGAGGCGAUGGGUAAUAUGGACAUUACACAUCAGUUGAGUCAAAUGGAAGAUGAAGUUGUGCCAUAAACAAUUAUCUGUUGCUGAUUCUAUGAUUUUUAGUGAUUCUUGUAGCUAACGAAUUUAUGUACACGUAUGUUGAAGAAACUGUAUUGUGAUGAAUUGUUAUAUUAGUGUUUAUAUUAAUAUGGCACUAUUAAUACAUGUACGAGUAUGUAUGUAUAAAUAUGAACAUAGCUUUUUUAUGAAUAAAU